AAGAAAUCGAAAUAUUCAAGUCUUUCUACCCUCUAGAUUCGUCAGUAUAUUUUUGAAAUUUUACGAAAAUCGAGAGAAAUGGGUGCAGAUGAGGAGAUUCAGAAUAUCUACUACAGUAUCUACAAUAUUAAUUUGACUUUGGUUAAUCUCGACCAAGGACUCGGUCAACUCGUUGACGGCAUGAAUUUUGGUCUCGGGGUUUUCGACCAACAUGUCAAUAUGGUUGUGAGGCAGGUGAAUGAUGUACAGAACAAUGUCAACUCAAAACUUACAUUGUUUCCAAGUGAAUGGCUUUACCUCCUCGUGCUCAUGCUUAUUGUUCUAAUACUUCUUGGUCUUGUUGGUUAUCUUCUUUAUUAUAUUGUCAACUACAUUCUUAAUCGACAUGAUAGAUAUGAAGAAUAUCGAAUGUGGUAUUUAAAAAAUGUAAUGAAACAAGAUGAUGUCGAUUGGGAAGAAGAUGAUGAGUUUGCUGAAGGAUUUUAUUCAUUAAGUGAUGACACUCCGCCACCGACUUAUAGUGAAUAUGUACAGACUGCUGAUUUAUAUGCAAAUUAUCAUGAUGAAGUAGAAGCUCAAAGGAAGUCAAAUCAGUUUAGCUCGCGUGUUGGGCGACCUCGUGGAACGGGAGACGAGUAUUCGACAUUAAUCUAACCAAAAAUGUUGAUUAUUUUAUUACGGGUUAAACAAUUUUGAAGUUAUUGAAUAAAUGAAACAUGUGACAUUUAA